AUGAACGACCUGUUCAUGACAAGGGACGCUUCCCAAGCUGUCUUGAGUUCGGACCACAUCGAUUCGCAAUACUGCUCCUCACUCAAGGCCGUCGAAAUGGCAGCAUCCGCCGCGAACCUCAGCGCAUACAAUCUGUCCAUGCCUGGCGGCAUCUACACUGACGGUCCGUACGAGCUGCCUUGGAAUACAUACAACUACUGCUCUGCGCCCAGAGUGUCUAGGGAGCAUUAUGCACUACCUGAGGCAUCUGCGCAAGCUGAAUUGAAGCACCUCAUCUAUAUCCAGCGACACGAGAAGCGCACGCCUGACAAUCUCGUGCCUGGCAAGGAGAAUGAGUUUAACCCGCCAGCGGGUUGGGACUGCGUGAGUGCUGGAUGGACCUUUGGCUAUGAGAUGCUCAUGUCCAGCAUCUGUCAUUGACACGAGGAAAGCCGCAUGUAUGCUCGUUCAGACCGAUAUAGAGUACACAAACUACGCGACGGGCACGCGGGCCGCUAGCUUGGCGCAAGCAGCGCAGAUAGACCCUCGCACUAGCACUCCCCCAUGGCAUCCAUUCCUCCAGCGUAUCUGGAAUGGGACGUGCGACAGCGGUACACUCACAGCAGGUGGACUUGUGAACGCCUUCGAGCACGGUCAAGAUUGGAUUGGCGUGUAUGGACCUGGAGGUCCCGCUGAGCUUGUUGAUGCCGUCAGCGAGGAGACGGUGCGUGUGCGUACGAGUCCCGAGCCCCGCACGUUCCAAGUCAGCGGCGCGUUCCUUAAAGGUGCAGGGUACCUAGAGAAUAAACAUUUUCCGGUAGAGAUCCAGCCUAGCAACAUUGAUAGUAUUGUGCCUAGCUACUCUUGCGCGUAUGCAAAUGAUCUUCGGGCCAAGAUCGAGGAGGAAGAGUCUUGGCAGAAUCAUCUCGGCAAGAUCUCCGGCACAUUUGACGCGGUCAACGAGGUGCUCGGGACUGCAAAGGAAACCGGCUGGAACUCCUGGAUCGACCACGCGUAGGUGCACAGCGCUACAAUGAUGCAACCCAAUGCAUUCGUGGGUGUUGACUUGCUUUGCUGCCUCCUCCGUAGCUUUGACUUCUUGGCUUCUAGGCAAUGCCACGGUCACCCUCUCCCCACCAACCCACACACCGGCGCGAGCAUAGAUCAAAAGACUGCGGACAAUGUAUAUGCUGCGGGCGACUUCGAGUACAAGUAGGUGUCGCGAAAGGCAGCAGCUUCCCCAUCCACGACAAGCUAGACUUGCUUAUCUGUUCCGAUCUCCCGCGCGCGCAGCUACAUCUGGAAUGCAUCUCCCCUCUCCGAUGAUUACGUUCGGUAUAGCUUCGGCGCCUUCAUUCUUGAGCUCGUGCGCAACUUGUCCUUGAUUCGAGAUGGCAAGAACGCGCACAAGGCGAAUCUCUACAUCGGUCAUGACGGCACCAUGGUGCGUCUGCUCAAGAGUCUUGCCCAAAGCGGCACUAUUCGCUGGCCUGCGCUCGGAAGCGAAGUCAUCUUUGAGAUUUGGGAAAAGCAGACCACCAUCGAGUCGGAUGCUGCUCCGAAGCAAUACGUCAGAAUUUUGGUGAGCAGAUUGAGCGGGUUGGCGAAAGGCGUUUGAAUCGCAACAACGAGCUGCGGCGGCAGGCGGCGGCGUCCCGUUCAUUCAGACGCACUAAUGUCCGUACCUUCCUAAUUGGUUACCCGCUUGCAGGCCUACGGUCAAGUGCUCACAUCCGAGGCAAAGCUGCUCACGGGCCGUGAAGGUCCGGCUUUGGCGGAGUGGACGCCGAUCGACGAUGUCAUUACCUACCUCCAGGACAGAAUACCUUCAGAUUUGGUGGCGCGCUGCAAUGGUAGCUGA